AUGCAUUUUGAGGUACAGACUGACCAGCGCUUCGAAGAUUUUGCAUCAAUGAUAGUCGUCAACGGUACACAGAUUGUGACGACAUUCUUUGCCAUCAGUGGCCUGCUUCUGGUAGUUUUCUUCAUGCAAAAAGUGGAAGAGACAAAGAAAAAGGUUGGAAUUAUCGAAAUUUUCUUCAUUUCAUUGGCACGCUACAUUCGGUUGACUCCUGUUUACGCAUUUGUAAUCCUGUUCGAGGCAACUUGGGUAGUACGCCUUGGCGAUGGGCCAUUGUGGCGAAAAGGCUUCGAGACAGGCCGGACCUAUUGUCGCGAGAACUGGUGGACGAAUAUGCUGUACAUCAACAACUACUACAAGUCUGAUCAGCCAUGCAUGCUUCACACAUGGUACCUUGCAGCGGAUUUCCAUCUUUUUGUCUAUGGUUUAGUGAUGUGCUCACUGAUCUUACGCUUCCCGAAGGCUCGGAACAUGCUCAUCGGCUUUAUGUUGGUCAUCUGUUACAUACUUACAGCCGCCAUCGUAUACGUUAAGGAGUUCGAUGCUAUCCCGAUAUUUGCGCCUGAUCAAAUCCGUUACUUCUUUUGGUAUUGGGACGUGUACCUGUCGGCCUAUGUACCUUCGCAUAUGUAUUUGCUAAACUACACUUUCACCAUUGGCAGUGCAUUUUACUACAUUCAUUUAAAAAACAACAGAACUACCUACAGCUGGCUCGUCAAAGGUAUCUGGCUCGUCAGCCUGGUGGUCAUUCCGGGGAUGUUUGCCGCUGGUUACUUCUUCUAUCACUACAACUUCUCUAUGCCCUCUCUCUGGGUGGCGUUGCUGUUCCCAGCAAUACGCUUGAUGUACGGAGUGGUUAUCUUCUUCACAGGCGUAGGUUUAUCGUUUGGGUUCGUAAAAUUGGUGUCCAGAUUCUCCAACAUACCGUUCUUCACCAUCAUCGGAAGACUCACGUACAGUGCCUAUUUGUGCCAUUUGUGCCUUAUCAAGAUGUCACUGUUUAGCACCCGGAGUUUCUACCGCUACCAGAUGAUCGACAUUGGAAAUAUUUGGGCAGCAUCCUUCUUUCUGUCGUACCUGAUCGCCUGGAUGCUGUGUUUAGUGCUGGAAUCUCCAUUCAUUGCCUUGCAGAAACAGCUAUUCAAGCGGCACGUAAAAUCCGAUGAAAUGACGCACUCAACGAGUAGCGGUGAACAGGGAACGGAUACCAGUUACUUGGAGAAAAGUAACGAGGCGUACCCAAUAUCCGGCGUCGUUUUCAGUCAACGAUUUUAA